CUGAGCAAUACAUACAAUAUCUGAGAUGAAAGGCAUUUCUCACUCUGCCAGUAUGAUUGAAGAAACCACUCCGGAUCCAUACAGUUGGACGACAAAGAAAAAACUAUUCGUCUUCGUCACGGGCAUGGUGAUUGUUCUCAACAGCACCCUCGGAUCUGCUCUCCCCAGCGGCGCCAUCGACUUCAUCGCAGCCGACUUUGGCAUCACCAACCAGCAACAGCUCGUGCUCCCCAUCACCACAUACUUGAUCGGAUAUGUCCUCGGUCCUAUUCUCUUCGGCCCCUUGUCCGAGACGUACGGUAGACGGCCCGUGAUGAUAUGGACGUUUGCGGGGUAUACCAUCUUCACUCUGGCGUGUGCUGUUGCGCCGAAUUUUGCAGCGAUUGUCAUCUUUCGGUUGUUUUCUGGUAUUUUUGCUUCGUCGCCCACUGCUGUCGUUGGAGGGCUGUAUGCGGAUAUCUUUUCUGAUCCCAAGACACGAGGGAGGUCGAUGGCUGGGUUUAUGGCUGCGACAACGCUGGGCCCGACAAUGGGACCGCUCAUCUCGGGGUAUAUCUCGACCAUCACCUGGCGAUGGACGUUUUGGAUUGCGUUGAUCAUCGCAGGUGCUUCGUGGCCGGCGCUGGUAUUUCUCCCCGAGACGUAUCGCCCUGUGCUAUUGCGAAAGCACAAUAAGACGCAUGGCAUCUCGUCUGACGAUGCCAACCUGGCCACGCCCAGUCUGCGAGAUCUGGUGACGAGAGUCCUGACACGCCCGAUUCGAAUGAUCUACUCCGAGUCGAUUGUCCUGUUUUCCUGCAUCUAUCUUUCCCUGACAUAUUCCAUCUUUUACCUUUUCUUCGAAGCAUACCCGAUUAUCUUCCAGGGAAUCUACGGCUUCACCACCGGCCAAUGCGGUCUCGCAUUCAUCCCCAUCGGCAUCGGCGCCCUCCUCUCCUUCAUCGUCUACCUCGCCUACGACUCCAUCUACCAAACCGCCCGCGCCCAGCACAAACCCUGGGUCCAAAUCGAAGAAUACCGCCGCCUCCCCCUCGCCUGCCUCGGCGGACCCCUCUACACCAUCUCUCUCUUCUGGCUCGCCUGGUCCGCCACUUCACUCGUGCACUGGAUCGUCCCCAUGCUCUCGGGCAUCCCCUUUGGCAUUGGCUUUCUGCUCAUCUUCAUGGCGCUGAUCAACUACCUCGCCGACGCGUAUGGCACGUUUGCGGCGAGUGCGUUGGGCGCGGCGAGUUGUACGCGCAGUGUCUCUGGGGCGUUGUUGCCGCUGGCUACGGCGCCGAUGUUUGGGAGACUGGGGACGCAUUGGGCGACGAGUUUGUUGGGGUUUGCGAGUUUGGUGAUGAUUCUGAUUCCGUUUGCGUUUAUUCGGUUUGGGGAUUAUCUCAGGGGGCAUAGUGUUUUUAGUCAGGCGGCGAAGGCGAGGACUUAG